AUGGCGUCUUCACGUGAAAGAAAAUACGACGUGUUUCUUAGUUUCAGAGGAGAAGACACUCGCGAUAGUUUCACUAGUCAUCUCUAUGCUGCUUUACGUAGAAGGAAAAUUGAAACCUACAUAGAUUAUAGAUUGGAGAGAGGCGAUGAAAUCUCGAAGCCAUUGCUGAAAGCCAUUAGAGAGUCGAAGAUCUCGGUCAUAAUUUUCUCAAAAAACUAUGCUUCGUCGUCUUGGUGCUUGGAUGAGCUUGUUCAUAUACUCAAAUGCAGAAGCCAAAACCAACAAACUGUAAUUCCUGUCUUUUAUCACAUUGAUCCUUCAGAUGUACGUAAACAGAAGGGUACCUAUGCAACUGCCUUUACGAAGCUUCAACAACGUUUUAGAGACAAAGUACUUAAGAAAUGGAGGGAUGCCCUAACCAAAGCAGCUAAUAUAUCUGGCUGGGAUUCUCAUUCACAUAGACCGGAAUCUGAGUUAGUGGAAGUGGUUGUAAAGGAUAUUCUGAAAAAAUUGAGCAAUAAAUCAUCAUCAAGUGAUUCAAAAGGCAACCUAAAAGGCAUAGUUGGAAUUGAGAAACAAGUCAAAGAAGUUGAAUCAUUACUACAAAUUGGGUCACCAAAAGGUAGAGUUGUCAUAGGCAUUUGGGGUAUGGGAGGCAUAGGAAAGACAACCCUAGCCAAUGCUAUAUUUGACAAAGUUGCUUCACAAUUCGAGUCUUGUUGCUUUGUUGUGAAUGUUAGAGAAGAAUGGGAAAAACAUGGCCUAACUCAUCUAAAGAACAAGCUUUUAUCUAUGCUACUAGAAGAAGAUGAUCUCUUUAGAGACUCCUCUUAUGUAAGAUCAAAUUUUUUUAAAGAUAGGCUCAAACGCAAAAAAGUCUUCCUUGUUCUUGAUGAUGUCACUCACAUAAGCCACUUGGAACUUAUAACAAGAGACUAUAUGUUUGGACAUGGAAGUAGAAUACUCUUAACUAGUAGAGAUAUGCAUUUGCUCAAGGAUGAAGCUAAUCAUGUUUAUGAGAUUGAGGCCUUAAAUGAUGAAGAAUCUCUUCAACUAUUUUCCUUGCAUGCUUUCAAACAAUACUAUCCUAUGGAUGUUUAUUCAAAGCAAGCGAAAGUCGCGGUCCAAUAUGCUAAGGGAAUUCCGUUGGUUUUGAAAGUUUUGGGGAGCUUACUUCGUGGAAAAAACCAAAAGGAAUGGAUGAGCGCGUUGAGUAAGAUGAAAAAGUUUCCGAAUAUGGAAGUACAAAAGGUGUUGAAAAUAAGUUACGAUGAGCUUGAUGAUGAAGAGAAGAACAUUUUUCUUGAUAUUGCGUGUUUCUUUAAUUUGAUGGACAGAGAUGAAGUUGAAGGAAUAUUAUUAGGGUUUGAUUAUUCCGCAACUAUUGGAAUAAAAGAUCUUAGUGACAAGUCGCUCAUAACCAUCGAUUUCGAUAACAAAAUUCAAAUGCAUGAUUUGGUACAAGAAAUGGCUUGGGAGAUUGUACGUCAACAAUCUACUAUAGAUCUUGGAAAACGUAGUAGAUUAUGGCUUGCCCAAGAUGUAUGCCAUGUUUUAAAAAGAAAUAUAGGAACUUCGGCUGUUGAAGGUCUAACCUUAGAUGUAUCAAAGAUUACAAGAGAGCUCCCAAUUAACCCUAAAGUGUUUUUAGGGAUGCAAUACAUGAGAUAUCUCAAAAUUUACAAUUGUGGUUCAAUGGAGAAGUGUAAACUAUUCUUUACUAAUGGACUUCAACUCUUUCCAUAUUCACUUAGAUAUCUCCACUGGGAAAGUUACCCUUUGAAAUCAUUGCCACAAAAUAUACCAGAGAAUCUUGUUGAACUUCUAAUGCCCAAUAGUCAACUUGAACAACUUUGGGAUGGAAUCCAGUACCUUGAGAAGUUAAAGAGGAUCAAUCUUAGUCACUCAAAAAGACUCCUUAUAAUUCCAGAUCUUUCUCAAGCUCAAAAUCUUGAGUACAUAAAUCUUGAAUGCUGUACAAGUUUGCUUCAAGUUCCCUCAUAUGAUUUUCGAUCUCAUUACAAUCUUACAUCUGUAAAUCUGGGAUUUUGUGAAGACCUCAUGAAUCUUGAGAAAAAUAGUUACAGAAAAUCUCUCAAAUCUGACAACUACAUACAAUGCUUCAAUCUUAUGAGCCUGCCUGAGAUUAGUAACAAUGAAUACCACUCAUCAUAUGAUGAAGGCACACUAAAAGACUUCAGUUAUUUUGAUGAACCUCUUGACAAGCAUGUUGAAUUGGAGUUUAGAAACAAGUAUGAUCAAUAUCAAAGCUUUAAAAGUAAGCACUCAAACAACAAUAUGGAAUGGAAUAAGAGAAGAAGAAAGUUCCAACAUUUUUUUCUCUCACAUGUAUCUUCCUUCAACAAGUUUCCAGAGCUAUCAAGGAACAUAAGGGAGUUAUAUUUGUGUGGUACAUCCAUAGAACAAGUACCUCCUUGGAUUGAUUGUCUCUCAUUUCUUGAGACAUUGGAUUUAAAAAAUUGUACAAAACUCAAGACUCUUCCCACCACUCUUUACAAGUUGAAAUCUCUUUAUAGGCUCUCACUCUAUGGUUGCUCAAGUUUUGAAACCUUCCCUCCAAUCUUGGAACCAAUGGACCAAUUGGGUAUUCUUUACUUGAAUGGAACUGCCAUAAGAAAGCUUCCCUCUCCAAUUGAAAAUAUCAUUAGGGUUAGACAAUUAGGGUUAACUAUGUGUCAACACCUUGAGUCUCUCCCAAGUAGCCUUUACAAAUUAUCUAACCUUCAUGGACUCAACCUUUCUGGCUGCUCAAAACUUGUUAGAUUCCCCAAAUUGUCAUUAAAAUAUUAUAAGGGUUGGAUUGGAACAAUGAACUUGAGUGAUUGUAACAUUUCAGAGAUUUCUGAAUCAAUUGGCUCAUUAUCUUCACUAAGUUAUUUAGACCUAAGUGGAAACAAGUUUGAGAGUAUACCAACGAGUAUAAAGAAACUUACUCGUUUGUUUGAGAUUCACUUGAGCAACUGUGAGAAUCUCAAAUGGUUACCAGAGCUUCCAUUGAGUGUGAGAAAGUUAUAUGUACGUAAUUGUAUCUUGUUAGAGGCAGUGUUGUCAAGUUCAGAUGAGGCUAAAAUCAUUUCUUUGGAUCACUAUGAAUCUUACAAAGUGGAACAUUUGUAUACCAAUUGCCCUAGAUUGGAUCACCAUGCAUGCAACAAUAUUAUGGUUGAUGCUCAACGUAGAAUUUGGAGUGCAGCUACAAGAUUUCAAGAAAAUCAUCUUGAAAGGACUGCAGUUAGUAUUUAUUACCCAGGAGAUGAAAUUCCAAAUUGGUUCAAGUAUCAAACUCAAGGAUCUUCACUAAAGAUCCAACUUCCUCAAAAUUGGUGCAAUGCUAACUUUUUGGGUUUUGCUCUAUGCCUUGUUAUUGAAUCCAAACACUGUGUUAAAGACUGUUUCAUGUUACUGCAAUGCGAAUCGGAUUUCCAAACCAUUUCUGGGAAAACCCAUAAUAACACUUCUUAUCUAAGUGACCCUUUGAACAUGGACAAAACAGAAGUAGAUACAAGGCUAGAUCAUGUCAUUUUGUGGUAUGACAGUUGGUUGUGUCGUCAAGUUAGAGAAAAAGGUACAAAUUAUUGGUGUGACAAUGUCACUGAGGCAUCUUUUGAUGUCAUCCCUGGCCAUGUUAGGGCCACAUAUAAUAACAACAAUGGAACUGAUUAUUGUUGUAGUGUUACAAAGUUAGGGAUGUUCUUACUAUAUUCUGAUGAUGAUGUUCUUGCCAAUAAUAAUACUAAUGAAGAUGUUGUCCCGGAAAUGGUUUUGAAAUUUGACCUUAUGGCUCGAAUGUCUAGAAUAUACAUAAAAGAUAAAGGAACUCUCGCCUCACUGGUUGACUGCAACAUCCUCGACCUGAUCGCAACCCUGGUCGCCGUCAGGAUUCAAGGAAAUCUCUAG